AUGCUCCACCGCCUCGGCACCCGCCCGGUGACACGCCUCCUGCUCCUCAGCAGCCUUCGCGGGAGCAGCGUACGCGGAAGCCUGCGCACCGCCAUGGCGAUGCCUUCACCGCCAGUACUCCGCGUCACGACAACCGAGGAAAGCAGCUCGGCCGCCGAGAGGCUGUGCGAGGCGCUCGGUUUCGCUACGCAGGUCACGCGCGAGGAGAUCCACUCCUUUUACUGGUGGGAGGGCGCCGUGCAGAGCGAGCCCGAGGUGCGAGUCUCGUUUGAGACCUCGGAGCCGUUCGAGUCGGUCCUGCGGGCGGUGGAGGCAGCACACUCGUACGACGUGCCAAUGAUCCUCGCCGACACGUCGGACAAGGGCGCCGCGCACUGGAAAGGCGUCAUUCGGCCGCUGGACGGAGGCGCGAAGGCGACAUCAUCCGCCUCGCCGACGGCCGCCAGACACACGCGCGUGGCUCCGGACGGCUCAAUCGCCGUCAAGACGGUCGCCUCCGCCAGGCUGGCCGUCGCGAGGGCUGCGGAGGAGGAGGGAGGAGGCGCGGUGGCGUGGUCUCCCGUCACGGGCAACGCGGCCUACCUCCGCUGGCUGGAGGAGGAGUGCGUCGCCGCGCCGCGCUUCGUCGUCGCUGCGGACGGGCACGCGGCGCCGUCCGCGCAGACCGCAAAGGACUUUCUCCUCUCGAGGCCAGGAGGCGCGUGCUUGUGGCGGCCUGUCUCGAGAGGCCACGUCCAGCGCCGUCCACGACACGAGCGCACCGCGGCGUCGGUGGGCUCGAUGAUCGCUGCAGGCGGCGGCGGCGCGGCUGAGCUGCAGGCGGCGCUUGGCACGGCUGCAGGCUUGCGGCCGCGACUCGACGCGGCGGUGGCGGCCGCGGUGCGAGAGUACAUGCGAGAGUUCGGGCGGCGAGUGGGCGGUGCUGGCGAGCUCAAGCUGACUCUGGUGGUGAAUUGGGGCGAGGCUGCAGAGGCGGCCAAGGAGGGCGAGCUGCUCGAGGGCUCGCAGACCAACUUUUACGCGAUCGUCGACGGCGCGGUGCACACGGCGGGGGAGGGCAUCCUCGAGGGCACGGUGCGGCGGCUGCUGCUCGAGGUGUGCGGGCGGGAGGGGACGCCCGUGGUGCUCUCUCCGCCUCGGCUCGCCGACGCAGGCCGGUGGGAGGGCGCCCUGAUCUCGUCCACCUCGCGGCUGCUGCUGCCGGUCGACGAGUUGUACGUGCCGCCCGACGGCGAGCCGAGCGGCGAGGCCGACCGCGUCGCCGUGUUUGCAAACGGGCCCGGCUCGCUCGCCGCGCGGCUGCAGGCGCUCGUCGCCGCCGAGGUGGAGGCGCACAGCACCGAGAUCGGGCUGCCGGCCGCGUUGGCGACGUGA